ACCGGUAUCAAAGUUGACCGCCUGUGAUUGUCGCCACUUCUCUAGCACCGCCACGAAAGAACAGCCACAGUCUUCGAAUCAACACUGGAGAAAGUGGACGGGUGACUGAUUUAGCGUUCAAUACGAAAGUGGGAUCGAAUGCGAGCUACGAUAUGCAACAGAAUACGAAUCGGCAGGAUUGAUUGGUUUCGAUUUAGCAUACCGAGUAUUUCCCGAAUUGAUAUCAUUCGCCUAUGGUCGUGGCUGCAUGUCCCCCAUGCUCAUUUCUUCAACUCCAGACAUGCCACCACAGAGGGGCCUUGGAGGCUGAGCGCCUCCCCGCAUCUUCGUGCCGGUGAGUGUGUUGACAUGACAGUAGUAUUAGCUUUCCAAGCCAUAAAUACAACUUGCAAUCUGUUCGAGUAUUGAUGUCUCGACACCCCUAGACUUCAGAUUUGUUUGCAUUCGUGGUUUGAUUUGCACAGCGAGUAUUGUCAAUAUGUCUCACGUUCAUCGUACGGGCCUUACCGAACUUCAUUCCGGCAUCGGGUUCAAUGGCGAGCUUCCAAAAGCGAACAUUGUCUUUAUUCACGGCCUCGGUGGUCAUCCUCAGAAUACCUGGAGUUGUAAAUACGCAUCUCCUAGCCAGGAUGCUUCAAGUCGACGUUCCUCUGCAGACACGGGCUCCACUGGCCGAAAGGGUUCCAUGUUCAAUAAGUUUUUGCCCAUCAAGCGAACGAAGACAGGCAUGAACACAGGCCUGGGCGACCGCACUCUCUCCAUUGCUCCCUCUACCUACACGAUGGAUACGACGUCAGAGUCCAUCUCGCCCCGCGAGUCCAACAUUGAUCCCUUGAGUCACGAGCCAGAGCCAAUAAUUAGCCCGACGAUGGGGCCAAUGAAUCAUAAGAAAGUGUUUUGGCCGAGGGACCUACUACCAAAGGACUUUCCGAACACUCGAAUCUUGACGUUUGGGUAUGAUGCCGAUCUGGUCAGUUUGACAACGACAGGGGCGAGGGCGAAGUUAAACUUCACUCAACAUGCACACGACCUGUUGGUUACGCUUAACAGGGAGUUGGAUGAUGAGGUUCCCAUCAUUCUCUGUGCCCACAGUCUUGGAGGUGUUCUCGCCAAAAGAGCACUUUGGGAAUCCAAAACCUCUCCAAACCCCCAACUUCAAAAACUAGCUAAUCUGACGAAAGUCGUCAUGUUCUUUGGCUCUCCUCAUCGCGGAUCUAGCACAGCUGGCUGGGGCGAAAUAGGUACCAAAAUUGCGUCCAUGGUGAAGCUAGACUCUGCUCAGCAUCUUGUGUCAAGCUUGAAGCUUGACUCGGAGAUCUUAGAUAAUAUUCAUUCAGAUUUUAUGAAGCUGUUGAUUGCUGGGACUUUCUACAUUCAUACGUUCCAGGAGGGAAGGCCUAUCAACAAUGUUAUCGGGAAGAUCGUCGAGGACUUUUCAUCCAAGAUUGAUGAUGCAACCCCGAUGCAGAUCCACGAAGUGAUCGACGGCCAUCACCGGAAUAUGAUUCGCUUUCGUACCGCGCAAGAUUCCGGGUACCGCAAGGUGAUCAGCGCAUUGAAACAAUAUAUGAAUAUGCUUAGCAAGAAACACGACAUUGAAAGGAUGUCCAUCGCGAGCAGCUUCUCCGCAAAAGAGAUGCCAACACGAACAUAUUUCAGCGUUCCCUACGAGCGCAACCCCAAUUUUGUGGGCAGAGAGGAGUGCCUCGAGGCGAUUGAUAAGAUCUUCUCGGGGCCAAAGAAAACACAGGUUGCAAUCGAGCUGGCCUACCGAUGGAAGCAAUUCUUCCCCAUGUUCUCCGUAUUCUGGGUCCAUGCCACCAGCAUUGACCGCUUCAAUGACGGCUUACAAGGCAUCUUAGAAAAGCUUGAGAUCCCACAUUCUGCUGAAACCAACGUGGCAAAUGUAGUCGAGGAAUGGCUGCGCAAUAGAGCUAAUGGCCGCUGGCUCUUGAUCGUAGACAACGUGGACAAGGAAGACGUCCUAGACGAAAACAAAGGCAAAGGAGCAUUCAAAAUGCUCUCGUGCAUUCCAAAGACAGAUCACGGCCACGUCCUCUUCACAUCCCGCUACAAACGCGUCGCCAUGAACCUCACCUCCGACCUGGUCCGCCUGGACCAAAUGUCCAAACCCGAAGCUGUCGAACUCCUGAAACUCAACCUCCACGAAUGCUACGAUGAAACCCAAUCCACCGACGCCGACAAACUCCUCGAAGAGCUCUCCUACAUCCCGCUCGCUAUCGCACAAGCCGCAGCCUACAUCCGCGAAAACGAAAACACUAUCGCCGACUACCUUGAGUUGUACCAAGAAUCCGAGGAAAAUCGCGUCGAAUUACUAGAACAGAGCAUUGCGGAGCUGGGUAUUUCUGACCCGGAGACUCCAAAAACGGUUCUCACCACCUGUUGGAUGUCGUUUAGUCGGCUGCAGGCUGAUGGUGCCGCAGGUCCGCUCGCCACCGAACUCUUGUCCGUCAUGAGUUUCCUGGAUCGUCAGGAGAUUCCGAGGGCGUUGUUGAGGGGGUUUAGGCCUAAGGCUGGGAGUUUGAAGUUGAAUAAUGCGUUGGGGAUUUUGAAAGCGUAUUCGCUAGUUACGGAGAAUACGGAGACGAAGAAUUUCGCUAUGCACCGGCUUGUGCAGUUAAGUAUGCGGAAGUGGCUAGAGACGAAGGACUUGGAGAAGAGGUAUUCUGAGGAGGCCCUCACACUACUUGCGGAUAGCUUUCCGGAUGGCAGCUUCAAGACGUGGGAGAGCUGCAAGGCGUUAAUUGUACAUGCGGAUACCGUGCUCGAGCUCACGGUGGAUUCAGAGAACCGAUCGGCUCGAGCGAAACUGCUGCAGAACUGCGCCAAUUUCCAGAACGGCCGAGGACAAUACGCAGCAGCCGAAAUGAAGUUUGUGGAGGUUGUCAGGCUUAGGACUGAAUUUGUUGGCGCGGACAACACGGACACAUUGCGCGCUGUGGACCAGCUCUCUUGGACGCUGAGAAAUCAGGCCAAGAACGACGAGGCGCUCGAGAUAGCGAAGCAAACUCUAAGUAAAAAAGAGCAACUCUUUAGUAAAAAGAGCGCCGAAGCUCUCACAACAUCCCACAUCGUCGCCACUAUUACUGGGGAUAGAGGAAAGCACCAAGACGCGGCCAAACUCCACGAAGAGAACCUCGAAGCCCGCAAGGAGCUCCUCGGCGCCGAACACCUCGACACUCUCCGCAGCGCUGCCAGCCUCUCGCUCGAGCUCUGGGAACUGGGGAAAUUCGUUGACGCAGAGAAUCUCGCUAGGCAAACGCUCGCGUCGCGCACCCAGCUUCUGGGCGAGGAGCAUCCGGAUACGCUCGAAAUCGCCGGCACUCUCGGUUUCAUUCUUGAAAUCCAAGGCAAGUAUCAAGAAGCAAAAGAGCUGAAAUACAAUAUGUUGCAAAUCCGCCAGCGUAUCUAUGGAGAAGACCAUCCAGAUACCGCGGAUUCCAACCACGACAUGGGCUGGAUACUGCACCAAAUGGGCCUCUACGACGACGCAGAGCCAUUCUACGAGCAAGCGCUCAAAGCAAAAUUACGGCUACUAGGGGAGACUCAUCCAAAGACCCUCACAACAAUGUGCAACUAUCCCGUCUUCUACUGCGACAAAGGCGAAUAUGAUAAAGCCGAGGAGCGAUCGAAACGGCUCAUCACCGUGUUCAAACGAGUACAAGGGGACAUGCAUCCGCAAACUCUAGACGCGAUGGGAGGUUUGGCGGUGAUACUUCGCCACCAAGGGAAGUUGGAGGAAGCAGCCAAAAUAGCUCGGACAUCUAUCGAUGGGAGGAAUAUCGUUCUCGGCCCAGAUCAUCCGUGGACAUUACCACCAGUGAGUCACUGGGGGUAUGUGUUAUCGCUCCAAGGGGAGCUGGAUAAAGGCGAAGAAGUUAUCCGCACCGCGCUAAGGAGCCUGGAAAAAGCAAUGGGAUCUGAACACGGCAAUGUUCUGACAUCCCUGGUCUUCCUGUCCAAAAAUCUCCUCCGGCAAUCUACCGGUCCUGAGGACCCGAAAUUGGAAGAAUCAGAGCAGUUGGCACAGCGCGCGCUGGAUAGUAGGAAGAAAUUACUGGGGGAUAAUCACCCAUAUACAUAUAAGACUAUGCAUCAUCUAGCAAGAGUGUUAAUGGCGAGAGGGAGAUAUGAAGACGCGGAGAAACUGGCGAGGCACGCAUUGGGUGGGUUGUGUAGGACGUUGGGGGCAGAACAUCCGGAUGUGAGUCGUGCGGAUGAGGAGUUGAGGGAGAUGGAGGCAAAGGUUGAGGAGGUGGGGAGGAAGAUGGGGGACAGGAAGGAGGGAGGGGAUGGCGAGGAGGAUGGAAAGGUUGAGGUUAUUGAUAUCUAG